AUGUCCGCCCACAAACACGUUCUCAAUACCCCCCAGACCUUAGUGGUCGACUCGCUCAAGGGCUUGGUCGCUUUGAAUCCCAACAUCAAGCUUGAUGAAGCGCAACGGGUCAUCUACCGCCCUACCGGCGCCGAGCCCCGUGUCACCCUCCUCUCCGGCGGUGGAUCAGGGCACGAGCCUGCCCAUGCCGGGUUCGUCGGUCCGGGCCUCCUGGACGCCGCCAUCUGCGGCAACAUCUUUGCGUCCCCGAACGUCGCACAGAUCAGGCGCGGGAUCGACCUCGUCAGCUCCCCCAAGGGGAGCUUGGUCGUGGUCAUGAACUAUACAGGGGACGCUUUGCACUUUGGGCUGGCGGCAGAGCAGUAUAGAGCUGGAGGCAAGGGGGACGUUAGGGUCGUCAUGGUGGGCGAUGAUGUUGCGGUGGGCAAGGUGCAGGGUAGUAUUGUCGGACGACGAGGUCUCGCUGGUACUAUCCUCGUGUAUAAGCUUGCUUCUGCUCUGUCGGACAAAGGUGGAGAUCUGGACGAGUGCGAAAAGCUCGCCAGGUACGCGUGUACCCGUCUUGGUACGCUCGGUAUUGGGCUAGACCACUGUCAUGUACCCGGUACCAAGUCCGGCGAGUCCCAUCUCGGCGAGAACGAGUUUGAACUCGGUAUGGGCAUCCACAACGAGUCCGGUACUUCCAAGCACGCCCUCGGAACUACCGCUGAGCUGGUCGACCAGAUGCUGUCCAAGAUCGUCGAUACGACCGACACAGACCGCUCUUUCGUCCCUUUCCAGAACGACGGGUCGGACGAGGUCGUCUUGCUCGUUAACGGUCUUGGCGCCGUAUCUGAGCUGGAGAUGGGUGGGAUCGUCAAUGAAGCCAACAAAUGGCUUGCUGGCAAGAAGAUCAAGGUCCGACGGAUCAUGAGCGGGGCAUUCAUGACUUCGCUCAGUAUGCCCGGGUUCUCGCUCACGCUGCUACUCCUGCCCCGAUCGGGCGACAAGGACGGGUACUCGUCCGACCAGAUUCUGUCGCUGCUGGACGCACCCGCUAGUGCGCCUGGAUGGAAGUACUAUGCUGCUACCGAACCCGGGGUGGUAUCGGAGGAGAAGGAGGCGGUUGCGCACGCUCAGGCGGCCAAGGAGGUGGAUCUUGCUCCACUCGACUCGAAUGCCUUCCUCGCUGCCAUCACUCGCGCAUGCCACGCACUCAUCGAGGCCGAGCCGGAGCUUACCAAGCAAGACCAGAUCGCUGGGGAUGGCGACGCUGGUCUUACGCUCGAAGCCGGCGCCAAGGGCAUCUUGAACGCUAUCAAGGAUGGCAAGAUCAAGGGCCAGAACGUCAUUGAGGAUGUGGGCGUGAUUGCUGAGGUCGUCGAGGAGGACAUGGGCGGCACGAGUGGGGCUCUCUACUCGAUCUUCUUUGCUGGUCUCGGUCGAUCCCUUCGCGAAGCAGCGACUUCGGGCUCAAAAUCUACGACCCCGGAAGUAUGGGCCAAAGCUGCCUCGGACGCGCAGGAGACGCUAUACAAAUACACUCGCGCUCGACCUCCAUCGCGUACCCUCGUCGACCCGCUGGACGCAUUCACCGCCUCCCUCCCUUCCAAAGGUCUCUCUUCUGCCGCCGACGACGCCUACGCCGCCGCGGAGAAGACCAAGGAGCUGGUCGCCAAGGCCGGAAGGGGUGCGUAUGUCAACCAGGAGGAUCUGAAGAAGCGGGAAGUGCCUGAUCCGGGAGCGUGGGGCGUGUGGAGGAUCUUGGAUGGACUGAGGGGAUACGAGGCGAAGAAGUGA